CUUAAAGACAACCCCAGAGGGCCCGCCUUUGUAGUUGUUAAUAAGAACUGAAAGAAAAAGUUCUUGGACGAGGUUUGCUGGUUUGGGCCGCCGCCGGGAACAACUCUGGUUGUCCAUUCUAGAUUAGAUGUUCAGACAGCAAGCGCAGUCCAGCCAGCUGGAUUGCUUGGCGCCUAAUCCACAGGGGCCGCCAGGUCCAGAGUCUGAGACGAGCAGGCACAGCUUUCGCACUCACCAAACUCCGCCCGGAGACAGAAAGGCCGUUUCCGGCUGGUCAGAGCUCGGCGCGGGGGAACUCCGCGGCGGAGUCUAGAGCUCCUCCAUGCGUACGUAGCCGGCGGGGGCCAGCGUCACGUGCCCAACGUGCGCUGAUCUCGCGCCUGCGCGCUGCUGUCCUAUUCGCUCCGCUACCGGGCAAACUUGCCUUCUCGCUAGAUCGUCACUUCCGACGGACGCUUGGCGUCAUCGGCAUCGUCACUUCCUGCCAGUACCGGUGUGGACGGUGCGGGUCGUGGCUGCCGGUUCUCCGGUUUUCCCCCUCCCCUACUUUCCUCCCUCCCUCCCUUUCCCUCCCUUGGCGGCUGUCGGUCGCCCGUCGCAGACUCCCUGACCCAUCCCCAACCCUUUCCUGACCUCGGUGCCACCCGAUUGGCCUCUUUUUCUUGUUUCUCGGCCCAGCCCCGGCCCCCAGUGUCAGGGCGGGGGCCUUGAGCCAGAGGCUCUGCGGCAGAGGAAGGAAAAGACAAGACGACCCUCGGCUCCACAGCCGGAUCGCUCGGUUCGCCGCCGCCAUGGCAAUGAGGCAGACGCCGCUCACCUGCUCGGGCCACACGCGGCCUGUGGUCGAUUUGGCCUUCAGUGGCAUCACGCCCUAUGGCUAUUUCUUAAUCAGCGCUUGCAAAGACGGGAAACCUAUGCUACGCCAGGGAGAUACCGGAGACUGGAUUGGAACAUUUUUGGGUCAUAAGGGUGCUGUUUGGGGCGCGACAUUGAAUAAGGAUGCCACCAAAGCAGCUACAGCAGCUGCAGAUUUCACUGCCAAAGUGUGGGAUGCUGUCUCAGGAGAUGAAUUGAUGACCCUGGCUCAUAAACACAUUGUCAAGACUGUGGAUUUUACGCAGGAUAGUAAUUACUUGUUAACCGGGGGACAGGAUAAACUGUUACGCAUAUAUGAUUUGAACAAGCCUGAAGCAGAACCUAAGGAAAUCAGCGGUCACACCUCUGGUAUUAAAAAAGCUCUAUGGUGCAGUGAGGAUAAACAGAUUCUUUCAGCUGAUGAUAAAACUGUCCGCCUUUGGGAUCAUGCUACCAUGACAGAAGUGAAAUCUCUAAAUUUUAAUAUGUCUGUUAGCAGUAUGGAAUAUAUUCCUGAGGGAGAGAUCUUGGUAAUAACCUAUGGACGAUCUAUUGCUUUUCAUAGUGCAGUAAGUUUGGACCCAAUUAAGUCCUUUGAAGCUCCUGCAACCAUCAAUUCUGCAUCUCUUCAUCCUGAGAAAGAAUUUCUUGUUGCAGGUGGUGAAGACUUUAAACUUUAUAAGUAUGAUUAUAAUAGUGGAGAAGAAUUAGAAUCCUACAAAGGACACUUUGGUCCUAUUCACUGUGUGAGAUUUAGUCCUGAUGGAGAACUCUAUGCCAGUGGUUCUGAAGAUGGAACAUUGAGACUAUGGCAAACUGUGGUAGGAAAAACAUACGGCCUUUGGAAAUGUGUACUUCCUGAAGAAGAUAGUGGUGAGCUGGCAAAGCCAAAGAUCAGUUUUCCAGAGACAACAGAAGAGGAGCUAGAAGAAAUUGCUUCAGAGAAUUCAGAUUCCAUCUAUAGUUCAACUCCUGAAGUGAAGGCCUGAGCAUUGGGCAUAUGCCACAGAUAAUGUACAAGUUAUGGACUAAAACAAGCAAGCAGAGAGAAGCAUCAGCCUCCCAGAGUUACUCUCUGCUUAAGGCAACCAUGAGCAGUAAAUAAUGGGGAAUGUGAAUUAGCUCCAGUGCUGGAACUAACUUGGUGUAACCUGUACGUGAAAAGGCAAGAGUAUCAGAUGAAGGCAGGUGGAAUUAGGCUCUUGUGGUAUGAUGGCCUGUUGUCUUUUUAAUGAAUAUGUGCAAGCCAACAUCCAAUUUCUCUUAUUACAAUUAGAUUUCUUGUAGCUGUUUAUGUUAUUAUGGAGAAGAAAAAUAUAUUGGCCUAUUUUUCUGACUUUUCCCUUAAAGCAGAAAGCCUUUUUUUUUUUUUUUUUUUUUGCUUUAGUUGUAAAGAAGAGGAAAUACAUGAUAAAGUAAUUGGUUUGAUUUCUCUUUCAUUGUACAUUGCUUCUGAAUAUCUAAUUGUUUUAGUUGUCUAAAUAAAAUGCUUCUAAACAAAACAAUGUUUGUUUCCUGGGAAAAAUACAGAUUUGAGUUUAUAAAUGGAAAUUGCCAAAAGUUUUUCUACAUUAUAACUAUAUCAAAAGACAAUAUGGUUAAACAAUCUUUAGUAAACAUAUUGUUUCCUAAUUUUGAAAUUCAGUUACUUGUACUGGAUUUUUAAAAUUUCCAUGUUUUUCGCUGGGUUUGCAUUUACUUCCUCUUGCAUUGGAUAGAAAUGCUUGACCUGCUUUUUAAAAAAAUUUCAGAGUAAUGACUUACUUAAAUGACACAUGCUAGUUAUAAGAAAAAAAAUAAGGUGAGUCAGAAUUGGCAGAAAGCAGGAAAAUCGCUUGAAAUCGCACCAUCCCCCAAAUCUGUUAAAAUUCAGUGAGCAUUAAUGGCAUUUUUGUGUAUCUGUAUGUGUGUAUGCAGAUAGAAAAAAGUGGGAUAAUUGUAGAUCUGCAAUGUUUAUUUUACUUUAUCCUUUAAGUGCAGAUGGCAUUCAAAAAACCUUUUUACCAGCCUUCUAAUAAAAUGGGUCAACUGGGUUUACACUUGUACUUAUUUUUUAAAAUAGGAGUAUAUUAAACUAGUGACAGAAAUACUUUAGACCAAUGAAUAACAUCUCUUGUCAAAUUGCUUUUUGUCUCCUUAUUCAUCUUGUGAAUGACCCUUGAUAACUUUUUUUUUUACAAGAAAUAACCAAGCAAAGAGUAAGUUUCCAGGGAUUUGUGGUAAUCUUAAGAAAGCACUAUUGGCUGUGACAGCCAAGAGAGGUAUGUCAUGGGGAUAGAUAGCCACUGACCAGCCACACACGGUCUCAUAGGAUGGUAGUUUUGUGUCCUCUUGCCACAUGCCUGGUCCUCUGCUUUGCUGUAGCAAUAUUGUCUGUACCAUGGGCUGCUUAGAGUCUAGUCAGAAUCUGACUUACCUUAAAGUUGAGAUUUAUAUGCGCCAGAAUGGAAUCAAUGAAAUUGCUGGAUAUUUAUGAAAUUUAUGAUUCAAGGGGAUUUCGUCUACUUAGGUUUUAUAAAAAUCUAAAGACCAUACACAGAUACAUGCUUACACAUCACUGGGUGGCAGAUAGCUUAGAAUCUAUGAAAGUUGUUUUGAGUUAAGUUUGUAAGUUGGAGAAUUUCAGGCCAUGAAGUUCUGUCAUACUACGCCUUGUAUUUAUUUUGUGACUAGAAUGUUCAUGUUGGUCACAUCUCUGGGUUGAUACAAACUGUCACGUUCUUAAGCUUUUAGCCCAUUUUUAGAUACUGGUUACUGAGGUAAGUCAUAUCAAUUUUCAGCUUUUGCCAGAUUAAUAGAGUUGUUUUUGAACAUUAGCUACUUCUGUUCUUGUUUUUUUUUCUUAAGAUUUUUUUUUUUUAUUCGUAAGUAAUCUCUAUAUCCAAUGUGGGGCUCAAACCUACAACCCUGAAAUCAAGAGUCACAUGCUCCAUGGACUGAGCCAGCCAGGCACCCUGCUGCUUUUGUUUUUAAUAACAGGGCAUGUUUUCAGAGAUUAAUCAAACUCUGAACUAAGUGCAGAGCCCAAUGCACGGGGCUCGAUCCCAUGACCCUGAGAUCGUGACCUGAGCCGAAACCAUGAGUCAGACGCUUGACUGAAUGUGCCACUUCAGGUACCCCUACUGUUUGGCUCUUAAGGCUAACCUUGUUUUUCUUCGUAAUCAUAUAUACUGGGUAUAGACCACCUAGGAGACUAUGGAAACAACCAGUUUGGUAUCCUUUGUGUAUUGAUUUUCUAUUGCUGCUGUAACAGAUUAUCACAAAUUUGUCUUACAAUUAAGGAGGUCCAAAAUGAGUCUCACUAAUCUAAAAAUCAAGAUGUUGACAGGGUUGCAUUUCUUCAGGAGAGCCUCUGGUUCCUUGCAUUGUUUUGCUUCUAAAAGCUGACAUUCCUUGGCUUAUGGUCUCUUCCUCUGUCUUCAAAGCCAGCAGCUUAGUGUCUUCAAAUCUUGGACCCUCCUGCCACCCUCCUUCACUAAAAAAAAAAAAAAAAAAAAAAAGGCCAUGUGUGACUACAUUGGACCUACCUGGAAUAAUUUCCCCAGUUCAAGAUUCUUAAUGACAUCUACAAACUCUUUUUGCCAUAUAAGGUCAUAUUUGUAGGUUCUAGGAAUUAGGACAUGGACAUCUUUGUGUGUGUGUGUGUGUGUAUGUGCGUGGGACCUGGACAUCUUGGACGCUAUUAGUCUGCCUAUCACACUAUGUAAUGGUAGAAUCUUCUAGUAGAAUUAA